GAAAUAUUGACGUUUACAUAUUAUAAUAUCAGAUGUUGCGCAUUACCUUGUAUUUUUUAUCAGAGUAUUUUACUAGGUAAAUCAAGAAAGUAUGUGUGACGGUAAAGAAGGCUUCACAAGGGAUGGAAUUACGUAUAUGUGUUGUUAUAACCAUUACUUCAACGGAUCAACAUGUGUUCAGUGUCUUGCGGGAUUUUAUGGAAACGAUUGUUUAAAGAAAUGCGACAACGGUUUAUAUGGCGAACGGUGUGGCAAAAAGUGUAAUUGCAGUACAGGACAAUUUUGCAAUCAUAAAACUGGAUGCAUUAGUGAGUACAGCGGAAGUACAGAGGUACCCCACAGAGGAUAUAAAAGUUCAAGUACCGAACAUACUCCAGCUAACUCCAAUUCACCUUUACCUUCCUUGACCUCAACAUCACCCACUGCAGAUAUUCAGUUUCCACAACAAACUAACAGUUUUAUUUUUGCGAUCGGCAGUGUAAUAGCGUUAUUCCUUGGUAUAAUUGUUGUACAGUUUUGUAUUAAGCUUUGUAUAAAACGAAGAAAGUAUACACAACAGAUGUCCGUCAAACGGAAACCAGUCAAAGAGGAAGAAACUUAUAAUGAAAUUAACGAGUCGUUUUUAGGCAUAGAAGAAGGUAGUCGCAAUGAACAACGACAAUUUGGCAGAUAUUUUGAGUUACAAGAACGAAAUCAACUCGCCGGCGUACCAUAUGAUAAAAUAAAGACCCAAGCACAUUAUCAAGAAAUAAAUAAUUCUCUUGUAGAAUUGUCUUGCAAUUCUGAUUCAAGCAACAGCAAUGCAUCAUAUCUAAAACCAAAGACAAACGAAAACCAUAGUUACAUAGAUGUUAUGGAAUCAAGUACUGCAAAAAAUGUAAUCACAACUCAAAUUAGUAAUGUCAACUCAACAAAUGAUAGCAGCAAAGUGUCAUCUCAAUACCUUCAACCCGUCCACAAUAUAGAAAAGGAUGAAACAGUAAUACAGAGCCAUGAAAUAUGUGACAAUAAUGGUGCGUAUCUAGAUGUAACACAUGAUACAUUUGUUUAAUUCAUUGGUUUUAUGUUUCACGUUCUGCAGUUCAGUGAGUCUAU